UAAGUCUCAAACACCCUGGCAACAUGGCAAUGUAUGUAACAUCAUUCAAGAAUGGAGAAUCAUAUUUUCCUGAGCCUGGUCUUCAUCUUAGCGGUGUACAUUCAUCAUUCUCAAGCAGAAGAAGACCAUGACUUACAAGCAGUGGACAUCAUCGGUCAUUGUGAUUUCAACGGUCUCAAAUUCUAUAACAACGAAUGUCAGAAAUUUGUUCAGUGUGCUAAACCUUUCCUCUAUUUGAUGCAUUGCUCCGAAGGGUCGUACUUUAGCCAAAGAGACCAAAAGUGUUCGUAUAUCAGCGAGUUAGGAUGUGUGGAAGAACAAUCUGAUUUUUCCGUAACUUCUACAAUAGCAACAACAGAGACACCGGAGCAAACUACUCCAGCAACAACAACAGCAGAGCAUGUUUCGCCAACAACAACAACAACAACGACGAUGACGACGACACCAGUACAAACUACUCCAGCUUCAACAACGAGACAAACCAUUCCAACAACAACGGAACAAACUUCUCCACCACCACCAUCAUCAACAGAAACAACGACGACACCACCCCCUACCCCUACAACAACAACAACAACUACAACAACAACCACAGCGACAACGGUGACAACGACGACAACCACAACAACAACAACGACGACAACCACAGCAACAACAACGACGACGGCAACCACAACCACAGCGACAACAAUAACAACAACAACAACCACAACCACAAUAAGCGUAACUAGUACCCCCAUUAUAACUACCGUGGCCACUACUUCAGAACAAACUUCAAGCCCUGACCUGACCACUUUGGCUUUCACCACCGAAGCUUCGAAAUGUCGAGAAGGCUGUUAUCCGGACGUCUGUGAAUCGGAUUUUGACGCUUGGCCAGCCGAUGAGUUCAGUUGUGAUUACUUUUACGAGUGUUAUGAUGGCUGCACAUGCUUGAAGCAAUGUGAUGAAGGUCUUUGGUAUGACGAGGAGGCUGGAUUCUGCAAUUUUAUCCCAAUGGUGACUUCAUGUUCAAAUGAAUCGUCCGUGCAUAUUCCAUUGGAUCAUGCCACUAUUUUGAAGGACCGCUCCUCCAUGAUGAGUCCAAUGUGCACGAGAGGAACGGAUAAAAGUUGUGGAAUUAAUGGAUUUCAUGAGGUGUGGAACGAGAAGUUGUCCACACAACUGAUCCAAUCUUGUUCUCAUGGAUGGAGUUGUCUGCUAAGGUGUGAUGUCGGAUAUUUAUUUGACCGAAAGUCUGAACAAUGCUUGAAAUACUCUUAGAGAUAGGCACGUCAUCAAAGACGUCUUAAGACGUCUUGCAUGAACCCGGUGAAAGAUUAACGAAUGAGAUAAAAGUCCUGUGUAAUUUGUUUUGCCCAGAGAAUACGAGGUACAAAUGCCGAUUAGCUCUAA